UAAAUCAUGGGAAGAUAAUGUCAAGGAUCUAAAACAAAAUUAAUCGAAUCAAAUUACUCGUUAAAUCAAAAUUGCACGAAAAUUUAAGUGAAUAUUUUUACGAAAUUUUAGUGAAAAUAAUAAAGUAUGUGUACUGUUUUGGAUCAAUUGAAAGGUGUAAUAAAUCAAAUUGAUGAUGGGUGUUGUCCUGCGCCAUGUCCUCCAUCCUGCCCCCCUCAAGGAUGUCCGAUGGUCAGUUGUAUGCCGUUUGCACAAGUUUUAAUAUCCAAGCCGCCACCAAUUUUAGCUCCCACAAGACCGCAACCUGUGGUACCUUUAAAAUUACCAUGUCAGCCGUCAAAUAAACCAAGACAGAUGACCGAGGAAGAGGCUCUGCGAUGGAGAUACUCGAAUUUCUAUAAUAAUUAUAACAUAGACUGGCAUGCAGAUGGACCUGGAUGUAAAAAACCGGAUAUAAAAUGUAGGGCGCCUCCAGGAUCAUUCACAGUGACCGGUGAAAAUCCCUGCUGUUCUCGUCCUUCGUCAGCACCUCAACCAUGUGAGGACUAUUGUCCUACAGGAUUCAAAACUUGUACCAUGCGUUUAACACCUCCGCCUUGUUGUGACCCUUGCGGAACUUGGACUGCUCAAAUUCAGAAGUGUCCCCCUAAACCGCGAAAGAAAGAGAUGGAUGAUGAUGAUUGUAGCUUGCCACAUAUGCAUGAUUUUAGAAGAAAAAAGUUUUUUGAUGAAAGGAUGGUUCGUGGUUGGGGCUAGAUAUUUCAAGGAAAGCCUUGCUGCAUGCUGCCAAGCAUCUGUUUUAAUUAAAUUGUUUCAGAAUAUCUACCCAAGCGGCAUCUACGUAAUUCAGCAUGCUCAUUCCAGAAAUUUGAACAUCACAACAAAAUAAAAAUUGAGUGAAUAUUAAAAAAGUUAACUACUG